GCUUGGACCAGAGAGAGAGAGAGGGAGAACAAGAGAGGACGAGUGAUAUCAUAGGUUGGCGUUCAGUAACCAAGCCUCCAACAAGCCACCACCACCACCACACCGCUUCCACCGCCCACCACCUCCACCACCACCACCGCCGCAGUGCAGAGAGAGGCGGCAGAGAAAGAGAAGGACAGACAGAGGUUGGCAUUCAGCAAGGCGGCAUACAACACCACCUCCCCACCGCCCGACACAACGUUUGAGUCGCCAAGGGGAAAACACUGAUCAGAACAGCGUGCCACUAGAGACAGAGGGAGAGAGAGAGGGGCAUGCAUAGGGCGGGGUACAGCAAGGCAACACAGAACACCUCAACCACCGCCACUAUAUGUCAACGCGCUGCUUCUCCUCAGCAGAGACAUGAAGGGGAGGUGGGUGAGUGUGGCAGCAGCGGCCGUGGCAGUGGUGGUCGUGGUACUGUUAGCGGACACUAGUGAAGGCAGCACCAUCAAGGCCAAGGUGGAAGGGCUACUCAACGCCGAGGAGAUCUACAAGCAGCUCAUACUCAUUGAAGUGCUGAUGGACAAGCUCGUCAACCAGACCAACUGCACGAAGGUCUUGGAGGGGAUGGACGAGGACGAGGAUGGAGGCGACGACGGAAAAGGACCAGACACGACAUCCGGCGAAGAGGAGGAGGCGGAGAAGACUGAUGAUAAAAUGAAGGAGGACGAUGAUGAUAAGUGUGACUACGCCAAGCUGAACGAGGAUCACACGAUGCUGCUGCCGCCCAACCCUGACUGCAAAGUGAAAGAGACGGGCAUCACGGACAAAGAGCGGGACUUGAUUCUGAGCCUCCACAACGAACUCCGAGCCCUGGUGGCGCAAGGGAACGAGAGCCGAGGUGACCCGGGACCCCAGCCGGAAGCCGCCAACAUGCACCAGCUAGUGUGGAACGACGAGCUGGCGAAAGUGGCGCAGGCGUGGGCGAGCCAGUGCCCCUCCGACCACGAUAUGGAGCGGAGCCGUCGGUUGUGCUCCAGAAAGUACAGGACUGGGCAGAACAUCAACUACUACUGGGGCACACUUGACCAGGGCCCGGACUGGCAGAAGGCAAUAGACAACUGGUACAAUGAAGUCGCGGACGUGGCCGCCGAGGUAGCAGGUAACUUCAUCCCCCACAAGACUAAGAAGAUCGGCCAUUACACACAGCUCGUCUGGGGCACCACAAAGGAAAUCGGGUGCGGCAUUGUGUACUACGAGACGGAGCGCCACGGCAUCCACUACACACACAGCAUCACCUACGUCUGCAACUACGGCCCCGCUGGCAACAUACUGAAACGACCCUUCUACAAGCACGGCCCGCCCGCCUCCAACUGUCCCGGGGAAGUGUCGGAGGAGUACCCUGACCUGUGCCUCUAAGUAACUCUAGUCCAGUGUUCUUCAGAGUGUGUUCUGACCGCUGCCGAGUGUUCUUUUAGUUGAGUAUUUUUCUCACGACCUAUUUUACCCACCAAAGCCUCAAGGGACAAAGCGACGGAGAUGAGCACUCAGUAGGCUACCCGCUGCUAUAUCCAGUGUAAAAAAUGUCUCACUUGGCCCUGCGUGAAAGGUAUCCAACGAGUAUGCCACGGAAUAGUAAACAAUACGAGCAAAUAUUCCGUAAUUAAAGACGAUUCAUGUAAUAUGUGAUCACAUUAAUAGUUACGGUAUCUGAAAAUAAAAAUAUCAUGCCAC